AUGUCUACGAGAUCGUUGCGGCACAGAUCAAGCCGCCUGUCGAGUCCUGCGACGUUUGGUGAUAAAGAGGCAGUCCCCGUGCCCGCCGAGGCGCGCUCGACGAGAAAUGGCCAACAGACCAGUUUGGAUGCAUGGAUUGAGCCCACAGUGCGGCCUGCGGUGCCUAGUUUCGAAGAUACAAGAGGUCUGGAGAGGGCAGGCGUGUUAGAGAACAUGCAGCCUCUGGGUGCUGCACCCUCUCAACGACUUCUGCAAAAGCUCAAAUUGAAUUACAUCCGGCCUUCACCUCGGGCAACACCCACGCAACCUGAGGAGAUUGUCACGCCGGCGGCUGAACCUGAACGGAUGGAAUUGGCCUCUUCCAUGGAGUCUGAGAUCUUGUCAGACCAGCCGCCUGAACCGGCUCCUCAAUCCAAAACUACUGUCAUUUCCAGUCCGUCGCGUGGUCGUCGAGCGCGGAGGGAGGUUGCGGAGAUGCCGCAAGAAGCGACCGCGUCGCCAUCCCCAGUCAAAUUGGCAUUUACCCCUACAAGUCACCUGGCGUCCAAACCCGUGUCGAUUCAGGAGCAUCUACGACAAGAUCGACUUCGAACCCACGUCGAGCUCGCGGUGCAAGAAGCCCAGCAGAAAGGCAAGGCAGAUUUGGUGCCCGGCCUGCAGCGCCUUCGCGAGGAUGCUCGACUGAUUCCCGAAUUAUGGAAUGUUUUGGAGGGCGUGAUUCAACAGUCAUCUUCGCCUGAGCAAUUCAAAACAUUCAAGCGCUACAUCAAACACGGCGUCAAAAAGCAUCGCAGAUCAAGUCAAUUCUCGGCCAGCCCUUAUCAAUCUUCUCCUCAUCACUAUAGCGAUUUUUCUCCUCGAGACCAUCAACAAUCCUACUCCAAUAUGGACUCGACUGGCUCUCCUGAUCCACACCGUCGACACAUUUCUCUCUUCAUCAACGGAUCGCAGAUUCGAGGGUCUGACAGAUCUGCCGAGCUGCCCGUCUCGCCGUCGAUGGUGUCGCGCACCAGGGCGGUUGUGAAUCCAAGUGAGAGAUCAUCUCAGCAAGCGGCCACCGCGUCACCGCAGAAGCGCAAGCGCUCGCGAAGCGUGUCGAGUUCAUCGUCAUUAUCAUCGGCCAAAUCGCUUCCUCUCCCUGAUGAAUUUGGCGGCCCUCUAGACCGUGGGCAGCAAGGUGAAGGCGGAACAGGCAGUGGGCGAGCUCGAGCAGCUGGGCGGCGCCAAGCCACAAGCCGAACGGCGGCUGGGAACAGACUGCGUUCAACUGCCAGUGCCCCCAACCAUCCGUCUGCUUCCAAACAGGCCGAUUCGGACGCGGCGCCGGCCUCGAAGUCGGCCUCGAAGAAAUUGAAGAGGCCUCGCGAGGGGGAAGCCGACUUUGACAUUGAUGAGCUUGCGAAGCGGAAAAAGCACUUUCUGGAUGAUAGUUUUCACGAUUACAACACCAUUCCUCGGCCCGAGAGCAACGAGCGUGAGUCGGUACAUGGUCAUCCAGACCGUCCAGAUUCCAUCGAGAGAGCGCCGCGGCCGGUGAUUCACCCCAAUCGAUUGAUGGCUCCUCACACCGAACCCUCGUCGCCAGUCAGCGCCCAGGCACAGCUCGACCAGGAUCUACCCAUCGGAUCGCGUCAUAAGAGAACGUACGGCGAAGCUGAAGCGGAAGAUGUCGAUAUUAUUACUCCCGAGUCGUCCUCACCGGCUCCGUUGCUGGCGCCUCCAGCACCGGGAGGUGCGGCAACCGCCACCUCACGAGGGGCGACACCUAGAGCAACAAGACUGCAGCCUACAGGGAAAACCCGUAGAUCUGCGCGUGUCCUGGUCUCACCGAACAAACCCAAGAACGGCGGAAUCACGGCAGGGAUUUCACGUGCGGGGCCCGGGCGCGACACUGCGAUCGGCUACGGAGCGAAUUCAGGCGCAGAGGACAACGACGAGUUUUGUGCUUCAUGCGGCGGCGAAGGAAAGCUGCUUUGCUGUGAUGGCUGCCCCAACUCCUUCCACCAUGCCUGCCUAGAGCCGCCAUUGGAUCCGGAGCAGGAAGUCGACGGAGAAUGGUAUUGUCCACGAUGCAUCGCUCGGCGCUCGAAACAGACAAGCUCCCCGUCCGGUCUUCUGGGAUUGGCGAUUCGCCGGGUCGAUGACAUUAUCCCCCGAGCAUUUGCCCUCCCCCUCAACAUACGUGAAUACUUUGAAGGCGUCCGCACUGGCGAUGAAGGCGAGUAUGAAGAAGUCGGUCUCCCUCGGACUCAAAACAACGCGGUCAAGAUGAACCGAGCUGGCUUUUUCGAAGAGCCCAACUACAAGGAAACUCGUGACAGUAAGGGCAACCUGAUCCUCUGCUAUCGAUGUGGCCAAACCUCGAAUGGCCGCGACAUCAUCCCAUGUGACUAUUGUCCUGCCAAGUGGCAUCUCGACUGUAUCAACCCACCUCUUGCUGUACCGCCGCGACGCCGUGCCGGUGACAAGCCUGGUGCUACCUGGCGAUGUCCGCUUCACGUCGAACACGAUUUGGUGGCCGUGGGUCGUCAAGCUGAGGCCGCUCCUGGCGACCUGGGCCGAAUUCCCAGACUACGAAAGCCCAAGAAUGCGGUACCACUGGAUGUGCAGGUAGCUCGCGGAUUCAGAAACAACGGAGUCAUCGAGGUGGAUCUCAUGAAGGACGAGUCGGACUUUGGUAAGACCAAAGAAGUCAAUAUGUUUGGCAAAGUCCACCGCAUCCCCGAGAAAGGAAUUCGACUGGAUUUCAUCGAUCGGGUCAAGAAAAGUUGGUACGAGGAUCAGUCAUUCCCUCGACUGCUGGAUGCGCCCAAGAGAAUUCGCAACAAGAACUACCGGCCUGAUGGUGCCGUGCUGUACCACCCUCCUGAGGCAACUAUUGUCAAGAUACAAGAACCCGAGUUCUGGACUGGAGCGGCGGCAAUCGCCAUUGCUGAGACGGCCAAGGCAAAUGCAGCUCUCCGCCAUCGGUCUUUGAAAGAGCAGCAAGCGGUUCUGCAUUUGGCCGAACUUUCUCAACAGAGGAUAGAUGGUCACUCUGGCGAUGCACUGGCCGACUUGACAAAUCAGCUGGUCAGCGAAGCUCCUCCCGAGGUGGUGGAGGCCAUGCAACAAUCGGAGCUCGACCAAUUGCUCCAAUUGCAAGAACUCAUCAACAAGAGAUUGGCUAUACUGGGUCAUGAGACGCCCAUGGUGUCUGUGGGGAGCAGCCCGGCAAGCCAGGAUGGCGAGUUGCCUCAGCAGACGGAUUUUCUGGCCAACCGCGGCAAAGGAAAGAUUGUCAAUGGUGAUACCAUUAAUCAGUAUCCCUAUGAAGAAUACAGUGCGAACGACGAUGGCAACGAUGGGGAUAAUGAGAUGGAGACAAUCACUUGA